ACUUUGUCCGUUUCUCGUCUUCGACGUCUCAACGCCAUAAAAUUAUCAGCAUAUAUUCGUCCUCCGACCGCUACAUAGAGCUGUAUUAGCGAGGGCUGUAUGAGCAUUACCAGUUUUAGAUUUUUGAUGGACGAUACUAUUAAAAUUAUACACAUGUGAAUUCUGUCCUUUAUCUGUUUCGAUGGACUCCUCAAAACCUAAUCCCCAAUCCAUGCGAGUUCUAAUUCGACCUCCAAUUCCACCUUCUCACUCUCAAACUCCACCUAUACCCCCUUCUCCCCAUCCACCUGCCACCUCACCCUCUCCAUUACAAGGCGUCGUUGUUGUUGGUUUCAUCGGUAAACGCAGCGAUGACGUGGCUUACUUAAUGAACAGGAUUAUUGAUUCUAAUGUGUUUGGCAACGGGGGUUUAGAUAGGUCAAUUUUUGAUGAGAAGAAGACUGAUGAGAUGAAGAGUUGGUUUGAGUGUAGGAAUGUAAGUUAUUAUCAUGAUGACGAAAAGGGGAUUUUGUUUUUGCAAUUCGCUUCAACUAGCUGUCCUUUGAUGGAACGAAAUUUGGAGUCUAACAUGGGAUUUGAUUCAUUAUUGGAAGAUUAUGAAUAUGGUGAUCUCCAAGCUAUGCUCUUUAUGUUCUCUGUUUGUCAUGUUGUGGUUUUUAUCCAAGAAGGGUCACGCUUUGACACACAGAUGCUGAAGAAACUUCGUGUCUUGCAAGCAGCUAAACAAGCAAUGACUCCAUUUGUGAAGUCACAAUCUCAGUCACCCGCUGGAUCUGACUCCCCUUUUGCAUCUCCAUCACGUAGAGCUGCAUCAGGAAGAUCAUCUAACAACCCUUCGCCUGUCAAAAGUCGUGGCAUUUUUAACCGAAAUAAUUCAGCAAUUACUCUGAUGUCAGGUUUAGGUUCAUAUACCUCUUUAUUACCCGGGCAAUGUACUCCAGUUACACUUUUUGUUUUUCUUGACGAUUUUGCUGAUGAUUAUCAUAGCUCUAGUGUUGAGGAGCCAGCUGAUAUGUCCUCAGCGAAUCAAUCAUCAAGUGUUGGUACCUCAGCUCGGCCAAGCUUGGCUCCAAAAGGUUCUGGUUCUGUGGUUGUGCUUGCACGUCCUGUGAGUAAAUCGGAAGGCGGGUUCAGGAAGAAAUUGCAGUCUUCUCUGGAGGCACAGAUUCGUUUCUCCAUUAAGAAAUGCCGGACACUAUCAGGUUCUGAAACUGGUCAUACAGGUUCAAGAAGCGGGGGUGUUUCAAAUUCUUCAACGCUGUUUUCCCUUGAUGCAUCAAAGGCUGUUGCACUUUUAGAUAUAACGUCUAAUAAGAGAGGUGAAUCCCUUGAAUUUGCCACUGGCCUUGUGGAAGAUGUUCUGAAUGGGAAAGCAACCUCAGAUUCUUUUUUGCUUGAAAGUCAUAGUCAGAGUGCAAAUAGAGAAGACUUACUUUCCAUCAAGGAGUUCAUCUGCAGGCAGACUGAUAUAUUAAGAGGAAGAGGGGGUGUGGUUUCCAAUACUAACAGCGGUCCAGCUUCUGGUGUUGGCAUGGUUGCUGUUGCUGCAGCAGCAGCUGCUGCUUCUGCUUCUGCUUCUGGAAAGACAUUUACUUCUCCUGAACUUCCACAUUUGGAGAAAUGGUUAUCUUCUACUCAGCUUAUUCUCCAAGCGAUCCUGUCAGCAAAACAUGCCGUUUUAGAUGAGACUGAAAUUAGUAAGAGGAAUAUGCGACAAAGAAAUUCCAGUUCACCACCUCUUGAAGGAAAUGCUUCAAAAGUUUCAGAUCCACUUGAAAUUGCAAUGUCUUUUCUGGCGAGUGGUAGAGGGAUAAAUGCUAGGUUUUCUGCUUUAUGGUGCCAAAAGGCCCUUCCAGUAGCUAAGGAGACAUAUUUAAAUGAGUUACCUCCGUGCUACCCAACUUCUCAGCAUAAGGCCCAUUUGGAGAGGGCUCUACAUGUUUUCAAUUCAAUGGUCAAGGGACCAGCUGUACGAUUUUACUUGCAAAAACUGGAAGAUGAAUGCACAUCCAUCUGGACUUCUGGCAGGCAACUAUGUGAUGCUGUUAGCCUCACAGGAAAACCAUGCAUGCACCAAAGGCACGAUGUAGAAACUAGUGGUUUAUGUUCAAGUGAUGAGAUUAAGCCACAUUCCAGUGGGUGUGUCUUCCUCCAUGCAUGUGCAUGUGGUCGUUCAAGACUCCUGCGGCCAGAUCCUUUUGAUUUUGAAACAGCAAAUGUUACUUUUAUUCGUUCCAUGGAUUGUGACAAGCUUCUUCCCACAAUUCAGUUACCCCAAGGAAAUGAUACAGGUGGGCCCAUUCAGCCCUCAGCUUGGAGUUUAAUUCGAGUUGGGAAUGCAAGAUACUACCAGCCGUCUAAAGGUUUGAUGCAGAGUGGCUUCAGUUCUACCCAAAAGUUUCUUCUAAGGUGGACUAUCCUUCUUGAGAAGCCAAAAUAUGAGAAUGGACUGCUAUCAAGCAAUUCAGAGCAAGCCAAUAUAAAUAGGCUCAGUAGCAAUGCCAGGGAUGAGCCUAACACUGAUUCAGGCAUAGAGAAGGCUGGUGCUUUGAGUGUGCAAAAUGGAUAUCAAAUCCAAAAGAAGUCUUCUGCAGGAAAUAUCAAAACAGAUGAUAAAGUAAAUAAUGUUGGUAAAGGAGUUUCCAACUUUAGUAUGAGAAAAGCUUUUUCUGAGGUGGUAGCUGGUUCAACCACUGCGAAUUCAGGAUUUCCUCCGCUACAAUCAAAUAGACAAAUUAUGUUAAAUUCAGAAAAGAACAUUAAGCAAAAAAGUGCAAGGGAUGGGGGUAGAGAGAAGGUUAAUGAAAUUAGUGACGAACUAGUAUCAGAAAAAGUUGCAGUAAUUCCUGCUAUUCAUGAAGCAAAGAAUGGUAGUACUAUUGUUUCUAACGAUGUCACUAAAGGUAAUCAAAUUUUCCAGAUAGGUACACAUAUGGAUUCAACGAAGAUGAAUAGAAUUGAGAAGACCAGAUCAGUUACCUCUUCUAAGCAUGCAACAAUUUACAUUGGAUUUGAGCAUGAGUGUCCCCGUGGCCACCGCUUUAUAUUAACUGCAGACCAUCUCAACAGACUUGGUUCUCCUUAUGCAUUGCCUGUAGAAUCUGUCACAUCUUCAUCUUUGGAAAAUAUAGAUCAUAAGGGGGUAAGUCCCUCCAGAGGGGGUAAGAAUGGCCAUGGCAAAGGCCGCCGGCUGGCAAAUGGCAUGAUAUCUACUUCCUCUAGGAAGGUUAGGAAUCAGGAAAAGUCAAAAGAGGGGUUAGAUGAUGGAAAUUCAAAUAUAGAAGGGCCAGGUCAAUUUUCCAGGCAUCCAGUACAUGCUGCGUCAGGGAAAGAUCUUGAAACUGGUCUUCAAUCUCUAAAUCUCGAUGACUCUGGCUAUGCUACCUCCUUGUUAGAUAGAAGUUUGCCCAUAUACAUGAACUGCCCGCAUUGUAUGGAAUCGAAGGGUAUGAAUGACCCAGCAGAUGUGAGAUUUGCAGGAACCAUUUCACAGCUCCAGAGGAUCUUUCUGGUUACACCUCACUUCCCUGUCAUUUUAGCAGCAAACCCAGUCAUACAGUUUGAGGAGGCAUGUCUCCCUCCAUCCGAGCCAGACCGUAAAAAGAAGUUGCAGUUCUCUCUUGGAUGUCAAGUAAUUUUACCCCCAGAGAGUUUUCUGUCACUUAGACUACCUUUUGUUUAUGGUGUACAGCUGGAAAAUGGAAACCUCCAUCCUCUUAUGCCUUUUGAACAGCAGCCCCAACUCACUGCCUGGAUAGCCAAAGGCACAACAUUGCAGCUUGUAUCCAAGGAUAGCAAUCAUGAUGAACUUUUCACAUAGUCCGAUGGAUGAAAUCUAAUCUGACGGUGUUGACUGAAUUUUAUUAAGCAUUUUGAACUGCAGUUCUUGGACAGUUCUCUGCCAUCAGGUGGGAAAUACAAUUUGCCCGAAUGCAUGGGAAGAGCGGAGAAAGUUUCCUCUGCUUAGGUGGGUUUAUUAUGCUAUCGCUUGGCAGACCCGGUGAUAGCUGUGAGAGUGGCAGGCGCUUUGGAACUUUUUGUUGAAAUACCAGGAUCAAUGCAUGUCUAUUCAACAUUGGCAUCCGAUGAUCUCGGGCUUUUGCUUGGGUUCAGCUACAGUAAGCAAAAUGAAAGAGAUCAGCAUAUGCAGAACCCCUCUUGGAAUUCUUUGAAGAAUGUAUCUCUAGCGAGCAGGGAUCUUUGUAUCCUUGAAGCCCUACCGCUGUUAUAAACACUUGUAAGUUAAAAACCUGUGGUAUGAGGUUGAUAAUAGUAGGAUCAUUGCAUUAAGAUUAUGGCCUGCUAGUAGAGCUCUAGUUCUCAGGGUGAUUAAAUUCCAUUAUAAGUUAAUUAAACGAUGCUGAUUACACCAUUAUGGCUUCCAUAUAAUAUCUAGAUGCGCGUUAUGGCUUCAUUAUUUGAGGUUUAUUCAGACCGGACUUCUUCAUUUGUGCGCUUUUUGUCAUCGAUAAUAUUUCAAUACUGAAGUUCAGUAGUUUGAAUACUAGUUUGAUCAUCAGUACUUGUAAAUAUUGAAUUUUAGUAUUUUAAAAACUCGUUUUACGAGUAUUUAAGUAUAAGCUAAUGGUUUUCUGUUCUA